ACAGACUGUCUACCUAUUUCAGUAAUACAAGCAUGAGUAGUCACUCAUACAUAUAACAACUGUUCGUUUGUUCGGACGUCGCGGUCAAUUGAAAACUUUAUUUACUAUAUUGUUGACUGAGUACAUUUUUAUACGGAUAAAAACGAAAGACAUGGAGACGUACAAAUGUAUUAACUUGGUAUUCUUAUUAUUUUGUAUAAUGAGUGUACAGACCGCUCCAAGAAAAUUCAAAGUUAUUGAAAUUGGCCACUCGAAUAGUAUAUUUGCCGAUGAAAGCAAUCCUCGCAAUCAAAACCCAAUCCAAGAUGUACAAAAACCGACAAACCUAAUACCACAAAGUCAUAGCCAACAACCACGAAUACAAGAAAACCAAAAACUUACUCAAGCCAUUUCUGCGAACGACAAUGUGAAGCUAUUUAAUAGAUUUCCACAUAUGGAAGACGUGAGACAAAAUUGGGGAAUAUUAAUAAACGGAUCGACGUUCGAAGAUGAAGACGAAAAACUAUACAAAAGACCAAUCAACAUACCGAUGCCAUCUAUAGAAAAUCCUAUGAAACAACCCAUUGACUCAGCGAAUGUAAAAUCAAAAGCAACACCAUUGACAGUAGCACAAACCUCUUCGAAUUCAGAAGUAAGUGAAAAGGCUCAAUUAACCUUAACAUCCGGAUUGAAAAGGAAAAAACAAGUUAAGCUUACAUCCUGUGAUGUUGCACGUAUCGUUUGCUGUAUGAGGAACGAUAAUUUAAAACAGUGUUUUACUUCAAAUAACUGUUAUAAGAAAGUCGUACCCGAAACUACUUGCCAAAUAAAUGAAAUACUGACUUUUUUAAGAACAAUUAAGGACAGAUAAAUAAUGAGACAAAUUAGAUCUUAUAAUUACUCUUUUAUAUUGUUGAUACGAAUUGUUUUAAUGCAGUAUUUUUUUAACAAUUAUUAAGCUUUAAUUACUUAUAAGUGAUUUAACUCUACGCUAUAAUUAUUUAUUCUAGUUCUAUAUAGUCGUAUAAUUCAUAGUACUUUAAGUCAAUGACAGCAGAAUAUAAAUACGUAUAGUGUAAAAAGUCU